ACAUGUUGACACACCCUUAGUUCCCUUUGUCUUGAAAAGAAAAGUUACUUGACAUGUAAACGUUAAAUAUUGGUGCAAGCUAACAUCCACUAGAUCUCCCCUACAUUUAGCAAAAAGAAACAACACUCACUCACUAAGUUUCUCUAUUGCAUUAGCUAAGCAAUAUCCAUAUAUGGUAGCUGACACUUGCUGGUUGGAUUGAAUUCCUGAAGUAGUAACAUGGAGAGGACCUGCUUGGGCAGUGAAGGAGACGAUUCAAGUGGCUUUUUAUGGCCUCAAAGAAACUACACAUGCAACUUUUGCAAGAGGCAAUUCAACUCAGCUCAAGCUCUUGGAGGUCACAUGAACGUCCAUAGGAGAGAUAGAGCCAUGUUGAUACAGCUACCUUCAUGGGUUUUUGAAUUUCCAAACCCUAACCCUAAUUGUUCUUCCUCUACAUCUUUAUCUUCAUCUCGUACUGCUUCAGCUAAGUUGCUGUCAUGCCCUUGUACUCAUCAUCCCUCGCUGUCCCCAUCCUUCACUUCUUUCUCUUCAUCACCAUCUUACCAGGAGAAGAAAUCCACUACUCUUGAAUGUCCGCGACGCUACUCUUCUACUCCUCUUAGUGAAGCUUUAACGAUUAAGAAGAAGAAGAGCAUGAAAGCUGUGGUUGAGGUUGAAAAAUUCAAAAAAGGUUUUGCACAGAAGUAUGAGCUUGAGGUUUUGAAGAAAAGUGAAGUUAUAAGCUUGGACUUGGAGAUAGGGUGUAAAGAUCCAAAGGAGGUUUUGGAUUUGGAGCUUCGACUCGGUUAUUUUUAGUUUCAUUCAUGCACAUUAAUUGAUCUUUGGCUUUGAUUUCAUUGAUUAGCUUCUUUCAGUACUGCAGUCUCAAGCACCAAAACCAUGGUUACAUAGAAGAUGCUUUUAGAAGUUAAUAUUGAUUAUUGGGUGAUCAAAGAUCAAAGAGAAGAUUAAUUGCAAUUUGCAGAGUCUCAUACUGAAGAUUUCUCACUACUCAACUAGCUGAUGAGUACCCUUCUUAAUUAAUUAUUUAAUUUUUGUAUUUCUUUUUGUAAUCUAUCUUUUCCUAUAUAUAAUCUACAAUAUGCAAUCCUGUUUAUGGAUGGUUUUUUAAUUAUCAAUUUUUUAUGCUAAA